AUGAACGAGUUGUUGCGUGUGUUCGGGCUGGCGGUGCUGGUGCAGUUCGCGGUGGGCGGCUGGAUCCUCUGCAUGGCAGCCUACAAGCUAGUCAGCGUGAAUAUAUUAAGCUUCGAUUUCGUUUCUACAACGUUAUUUCUGGUCUGCAUCCUGACAGAAUUGUUUCUGUACUGUUACUACGGCAAUGAAGUGUACGUUGAGAGUGACCUCAUGGUGCAGUCGCUGUACAGCAUGGAGUGGGUGCACACGCCGCUCGCGUUCAAGCGGUCGCUGCUGCUGACCAUGGAGCGCGCCAAGCGGCCGCUGCGACCCGCCGCCGGCCAUCUCAUACCACUCUCACUUGACACCUUCGUCACGAUAUUAAAGUCAUCGUACAGUUUCUACGCUGUUUUGAGGCAAACCAAGUUACAGCGGCGCGCGAUCCGCAUCAUAGGCGAUGAGGAGGUGACUAAACACCUUGAGCCUCUUCAAUUACGCCGUGACGUGGCGUCACAAAGCGCGUUUUAUCAUCUGUACCACGGCGAAUGUUCUGUGGAGUUAUUCUCUCUUAUCCCACUUUCUCCUUUACUUCAGAGGACCACGCGCGCUGGCCUACUUUGUCACCGUCUUACUGUGGCCACAAUUCCAACGCGUACAAAGAAAUUUGGUGACUCAUUUCUUUGUCGCACUAUACGUAAAUGGAAUGCUCUGCCCGCUCCCGUGUUCCCUCCCUCUUACAACCUGGGAUCCUUUAAAAGAGGCGUGAAGAAGCAACAAGCAGGCCGGCAGGGUGAGGAUGGCUGGGAAGGCCUGUGGGCAUUGGGACAUUAAGAGACUGUUGAUGAUGAGAUGUUAUAAUAACUUGUGGCUGGAGUGGUCAGGUCGCUGGCGGGCCGCAGCGUGGCGCCGCACCUACUACUGUUGCGCUGGUGCGGGUUCUGCCGCCUGCGCCCGCGUCACGCCAGCGCCGGUCACCCAUCCCUCCUACAGCGGGCCGGCCGCCGCCUGCACGCCGUUUACUGCACCUUCGCCCUCGCCGCCACCUCCAUCUACCUCAUGCAGGAGUGUGUCUAUGCGUAUCAGGUAAUCCUGUUAUUACCUUAGAUUAAA